CCGCAACACUGGAACUACAGGCGCAUCUCAACCUCGCCAAUGCCGCAGGUGCUCGGACCGGCGCUUUUCCGUCACACGGAUGGAGAAACUCCAGACGGAUCUCUCUACACAAAACCAACAACGACCUGCUCUUCCUCGUCGACAGCGACCACCGUCGUCGUGUGGUCGCUUCCGUGAUCGUAACCAGCAGCCGCAAAUGCGACAAGACCGUGGGCCCAUCGUUUGC